UCUCUCUCUCUCUCCCUUUCUCUCUCUCUCUUUUUCUCUUUCUGUCACACACACACGGAUCCUCGUUCGGUCUGUGGAUUGUCUAUUUGUGGAAAUGUCUCUAAUGUUUAACGUUUAAAAGACACAUUUCUUCUUUCAUGGAAGCCUGAGAAGUAACACUGCAAUGGAUGCGAGGAGACUUUUGGCGUUUUCAGCCCUGAUGCUCAGUGUGCCGACUUCAGCAAACCAAGUGCUUGGUGGCCAACACAUAUGCAAGCCGGGCACCAACAAACCCUGCUACAAAAUCGGCUACUUCGAGGACAGCUGGCGUAAGCUAAACUUUGAGGAGGCCCAACGGGCAUGCAGGAGCGACGGAGGAGAUCUGCUCAGCAUCGAGUCUCAGGCUGAACAGAGUCUCGUCGAGGGCUUUAUUCAGGACCUGAAAGCUUCCGAUGGUGACUUUUGGAUCGGUCUACGCAGGCAGCCUAAGUAUGAAGAGAGCAGCAUGGACUGCGAGUCUCAGUAUUACUGGCUGGAUGGCAGUCGAUCGAAUUUCAGAAACUGGCACACGGAUGAGCCCUCUUGUGGUUACGAGGUGUGUGUGGUAAUGUACCACCAACCAUCAGCUUCUUCGGAUGAGGGAAACCGCUACAUGUUCCAGUGGAACGACGACAACUGUGAGACGAAGAACAAUUUCAUCUGCAAGUAUACCAAAGAUAUCUUUACAACAACCACGACAACUGAAGUAUCCAGGAACCCAUCAGUGACCAUUCACGAUGAUGGGAAGGGUGUCGAAGUGACUGAACAUACAGAUAAUGUAAUGAACAUUGCUUACAUUGUUCUUCCUACGAUCCCUCUACUGCUGCUCCUGAUCGUAGCAAUUGGAGUUUUUUGCUUCAAGCUGUUCACAAAAAGAAGAAGAAAGCAAACAGAGAUUCCUGCAGAUAAGCAUGGAACCUGGCCCCCAGGAGAGCGAUGCAGCAGCCCGAGUCCAGAUGUGUACAACGUGAUCAGAAGGCAGCACGAGACCGACCUGAGUGAAGCCCGGCCUCACAUCAAAAACUCCUCGUUUCUGGGCUCGUCCCCCGACACACCAACUGAUGAGUAUGACAAUCUUGGAGGCCAGGACACGGAGAGCGGCUUCGUCACACUGGCCAGCACCGAGAGUGGCUUCGUCACCAAUGACAUCUACGACUCCUACCAGAACCGUUCCAGCACGAGGUACCAAAGAGAGCACAGCUGGCUGGAUAACGAGCUCUACGGCUACUGAACAAGACUUUGUGUGUGCAGAAUAUUCAUGACAAAAGAGACUUCGGAUCUUAGAUGCAUUAAAGGACUCCGUGUUUAUGGGAACCUCGAUGAAAAACAGCAGUCAGAUUGUCAUCUUGUAAUUAGAAUCUCUGGUUUAGUCUCCUAUGGUAGGCAACAACAACAACAACAACAAAACAAAGUCUUAAAUCAUGUAAGGUGAAUCUUUCUGGAAAUCCAAAUACAUUUGAAAAGACUUUUCAGAAGAUCAGGACGCUUGUAUUCGCAUGGAAUGGUUGUAAAAACAUGAAAAAUGCCAAUGACUUGACUUCACAAAAGAUUUGCUCGAGAAAUCCUGACUUGAUUUGACUGCUUGAUAAAAGUGGGAUUUCACAGCCUUUUGACUGCUAUGCGCUAUAAAAAAAUCCUCUCCUUUUUGUUUUUUUGUAUGUCAAAUUAAGGUCUUCAAAAUUUUCCAUGUUUCCCGGAUAAAUUAGUGGGAACAGUUCAAUUAAAUCGAUGUAACGGGACUGAUAUUUUGUGUAUAAAAUUGUUCUGUAUGUGCUUGUGCCUCAUCUUGUUGGUUUGCAUGGCCCAGUUACACUGCUUUCCCUCUUGUUGUAUAUCAGUAGCAUCAGCCUUAAGCAUUCAAAUGUGAUCCUAUGGUGCUGACCUGUAGGCCUGAACCCAGAA